CAACCAACUUUUUUUCAAAAUGUUCAAAUUCGUUACAUUCUUCGCUUGUGUAGCCGUGGCUUUGGCCGCUCCUGGUUUGGUUACCGAACAUCAUACCGUCGUCCAGGAACCCGUCUUGGCUAAGGUUGGAUCUGUUGUCCACAGUGCUCCUUCGGCUGUGUCUCAUCAAAGUUUCACUCGUGUCCACAACAAGGCUGUUGUGACACCUGUUGUCACUCCCGUGGUCAAGACCACUGUUCAUGCCGCCCCAGCUGUUUCGGUUGUCAAGACCGUUGAACCUGUUGUCCCAGUGGUGAAGACUGUUGAGCCUGUUGUACCCGUUGUCAAGACUGUUGCUGCCGCUCCUGUUGUCCACACUUAUCAUGCUGCUCCCGUUGUCAGCCAUGCUGUAUCCCAUCAAUCGCAUGUCCAAAUUCACUCCAAUGCCGCCAUCGUUGCUCCAGUUGUUCACUCUGUUCCCUUGGUUCAUGCUGCCCCCGUCACCCAUGUUGUCCAUCAUUAAG